CCUGUGUUUUAGCCAAGUGAUGGGGAGGCAAUUGAUGAACUAAUUGUUUCUAGAAUUGUGUCAUAUAAAGGUAUAAUGAAGGAGACAAAGAGAGGACCAGAACCAGAUAUCUUCACUGCCAAAACAAUUUGUUUAAGCUAUAUAGUCACUCAGGAAGGUUUUUCAUUCAUAUUAGGAAAAGAUGGGAAAUGAAAAACUGGAUCUGUGUGUGCUAGUAACUAAGCCCUUGUGAGAGCCUUCUCACUUUUUAAGUCAGUGGGAAUUAUAUGGGCUUUCAACUUUGUGGAAGCAGGAAUUACAAUAGGAGAUAAGGAAGUAAGUUAUUUUUCCUUUUGGGAUAAGCUGAUAUUUAAUCAGUAACAAAUUUCUAAAGUUAGUGACUUUACUAUUCAGAUUUGCAAAACUAGAAAAUAUUAUGUAUCUAAUUAUCUGAUUUCUCUUCUUUUCUAGGAGGUGUGAUUGCCUACAUUAGUUCUUCCAGCUCAGCCUCUAGCCCUGCCUCUUGUCACAGUGAGGGUUCUGAUAAUAGUUUCCAGUCCUCCUUCUCUUCUGUUCCAUCUUCUCCAAAUAGCUCUAAUUCUGAUAACAAUGGUAAUCCCAAAAGUGGUGAUCUCUCCAGUAUUGAAGGCAUUCUGAAGAAUGAUCGAAUAGAUUGUUCUAUGAAAACAAGCAAGUCAGGUGCACCUGGGAUGACAAAGAGUCAUAGUGGAGUGACAAAAUUUAGUGGCAUGGUUCUACUGUGUAAAGUCUGUGGGGACGUGGCAUCAGGAUUCCACUAUGGAGUUCAUGCUUGUGAAGGCUGCAAGGGUUUCUUUCGGAGAAGCAUUCAGCAAAACAUCCAGUACAAGAAGUGCCUGAAGAAUGAAAACUGUUCUAUAAUGAGAAUGAAUAGGAACAGAUGUCAGCAGUGUCGCUUCAAAAAGUGUCUGUCUGUUGGAAUGUCGAGAGAUGCUGUUCGGUUUGGUCGUAUUCCUAAGCGUGAAAAACAGAGGAUGCUAAUUGAAAUGCAGAGUGCGAUGAAGACCAUGAUGAACAGCCAGUUCAGUGGUCAUUUGCAGAAUGACACAUUAGUAGAACAUGAACAGACAGCCUUACCAGCCCAGGAACAGCUGCGACCCAAGCCCCAGCUGGAGCAAGAAAACAUCAAAAGCUCUCCUCCUCCCUCUUCUGAUUUUGCAAAGGAAGAAGUGAUUGGCAUGGUGACCAGAGCCCACAAGGAUACCUUUAUGUAUAAUCAAGAGCAGCGAGAAAACUCAGCAGAGACCAUACAGCCUCAGAGAGAACGGAUUCCCAAGAACAUGGAGCAAUAUAAUUUAAAUCAUGACCGUUGUGGCAAUGGGCUUAGCCAUUUUUCUUGUAGUGAGAGCCAGCAGAAUCUCAAUGGACAGUAUAAGGGGAGGAACAUAAUGCAUUACCCAAAUGGGCAUGCCAUUUGUAUUGCAAAUGGACAUUGUAUGAACUUCUCCAAUGCUUAUACUCAAAGAGUAUGUGAUAGAGUUUCGAUAGAUGGAUUUUCUCAGAAUGAGAACAAGAAUAGUUACCUGUGCAACAAUGGAGGGAGAAUGCAUCUGGUUUGUCCAAUGAGUAAGUCUCCAUAUGUGGAUCCUCACAAAUCAGGGCAUGAAAUCUGGGAAGAAUUCUCAAUGAGCUUCACCCCAGCAGUGAAAGAAGUGGUGGAAUUUGCAAAGCGCAUUCCUGGAUUCAGAGAUCUCUCUCAGCACGACCAGGUCAACCUUCUAAAAGCUGGCACUUUUGAGGUUUUAAUGGUACGGUUUGCUUCAUUAUUUGAUGCAAAGGAGCGUACUGUCACUUUUUUAAGUGGAAAGAAGUAUAGUGUGGAUGACUUGCACUCAAUGGGAGCCGGGGAUCUGCUGAACUCUAUGUUUGAGUUUAGUGAGAAGCUGAAUGCCCUCCAGCUUAGUGAUGAAGAGAUGAGUUUGUUUACAGCAGUUGUCCUGGUAUCUGCAGAUCGAUCUGGAAUAGAAAAUGUCAACUCUGUGGAGGCUUUGCAGGAAACCCUCAUCCGUGCACUAAGGACCUUAACAAUGAAAAACCACCCAAACGAGGCCUCUAUUUUUACAAAACUUCUUCUAAAGUUGCCAGAUCUUCGAUCUUUAAACAACAUGCACUCUGAGGAGCUCUUGGCCUUUAAAGUUCACCCCUAAGGCCUUUGUUGUUUAAACAUGAACUGAGUCAUGCUAACUGUACAUUUUGUGCUAAAAUGCUUAUUUAUAUGUGUAUACUGUACCAUAUGUGGAGAUACAAAACACCUUUAAGACAAUACAAGAUUGUAGGCUAUCUCUUAGUCAUGCAGUAGCUGUUUGGAUUGAGAUUUUUUCCAGCCAUGAUUAGACAGUGACCGCAUUUCCCUGAUAGACCAAUCAGCUGUGUCGCACUUAAACUGGAGAAGUUACACUGAAUUAUAGUUACACUGAAUGUUAGACACUUUCAUCUGCCAAAACCAAAAACUAUUUUGAUCUCCCUGUGGUAUACAUACAAUGCGCAGUCACAAGUAUAUGAGGACUUAAAAAUUAAUCCUUUGUGGUAGAAGUUCUAUUGUAUGAUAGAAAUUUGAUUUUACCACAAGACUAUUUGAUCUGUUAAUUGGAGACUUUGUAGGUUAAGAGAUUUCCUUGUCUGUGUUUUACUCUGCCACUGUUAAAAGUAUGACCCCGGGCAGGUUACUUGGUUAUGGAAAAUGAGAAUUGAUAGUGUUCCCAAUGCCCCAUCUCACAGAGAUACUAAAAAUGUAAAGCAUAUUUACCUCUUGGGAGAUAGGCACUAUGUAAAUAAGGUAAAACUUUUUGUUACUAUAAUUAUUCAUUAUAAUAAUCUUUUCUGAUUUGUAAGCAUUUCUUAGAAAUCCUAUCACAGUCCACACCAAUCUGUUAUUCAGGGUUCCUACAUAUGUGUGUGGUGUCAUUCUGGCACACACAUAGUCAAAGUUUAUGGGUACAUCAGAUACAUAGUAUGUGUACAUAAUAUGUAUGUGAAUAUAGUUAUACAUAAAUAUAUUUCUUCACAAUAUUUUAAACUGUGAAGAACUUUAUCAUACAGUAAACUUAAAACAAGAGGUGUCAAAAGACCCAAAUUAGGUGCAUUUUACCUGUUGAUGACAAAACCAUUGCUUUAAAUGUUUAGACAGUAGAAUAUUGAACUUACGCUCUAUUUUUGUUUAAGCAACACUUAAUGUAAAAGUGCAACAGGCAGUCGAAUCCAAAUUUCAAAGAAUAUGUAUUUUAGAGUUCAUCUUUGGUAAAGCGUGGUUCAAGGUACUAGUAGUUUAAAAGUUUAGUCAGAUUCUUACCUUGAACUAAAAAAGGUAACAUUGCUGCCCCUUAUACACAUGCUGCGGCUUGAUCAUAAAUACUUUGAUUCUUUCUGGAGAACUAGCCAAUGUUUAAGAAGGUCAGUUAAGAUGUUGGCGUGUGUGCGUGUGUGCAUGUGUGCGCCCCGAGUCUACUUCCCCCCACUAAAUAACACUACAGGGAUUUUGUCAAAUUAGAUUCACCUAUAAUUUGGAAAAUCAUUUAGUAUGUGACCUACAGGUUUAGAAGUGGUAUAGUCAAAAACAUUUCAUUCACAUUUCUAAUAUUGGGCUUUAUUAAAUAGGUAAGAUCAACCUCGGUUUAUGGGAGUAGGAGAAAUAGCCAAAGUUGAGGAUUUUACGUAUGUUUUUCUGUUUCCCUAGAAAAUAGCAGUGGUUUUUUUUUUUUUUUUUUU